ACGAAGGAGAGUAUGGCGACACGGAGGGGUUUGCCUGAAUGAAGGAUGUAUCUGCUGGUCCUGCUCUGCUUCCUGCAACACCCGGCCGUCCUCACCUCCUGCCCACCCUUGUGUGUCUGCACCUAUGGAACCUCACAACUCAGGGGGGUGCACUGCAGUGACCCCAGGAUCUCAGGAGUUCCCGUCAACGUCCCAGCCGACACGGUCAAACUGCGCCUGGAAAGGACUCCCAUCACCAAGAUACCCCGGGCGGCCUUCUACAACUUGUCAGAGCUGCUCUUCCUGUGGCUGACCUACAACUCCAUCACGGCCGUCCACCCCAGCAGCUUCGUCAACCUGAAAGCCCUGAGAGAGUUGCGUCUGGAUGGAAACCACCUGGCGGCGUUCCCUUGGGAGGGACUCCGGGACAUGCCUCGUCUCCAGACCCUGGGUCUCCACAACAACCGACUGUCCAGCCUUCCGUCUCACGCUGCGCUCUUCCUCCCCAACAUCACCUACCUGGACCUGUCCAGCAACAGGUUGACCAUGUUGUCUGCAGAACUGUUGGAUCUUUGGUUCCCCUUUCCGGGUCAACAGAGCGGAUCAGUGCGAAGAAGAAUUCUGGGUCUCCAUGACAACCCAUGGUUGUGUGACUGCCAGAUCUCCUUGGUGGUGUCAUUGUCAAUGUCCCUGGGAACUCCCGUGGUUCUCAUGGACCAUCUGCUUACAUGCAGCAGAUCUCUGGGUCAGUCAGGGAUGCCACUGACCAAAGCCGAGCUGCCUCGCUGCAUGAGACCCUCUGUCCAGCCCGUGGCCACCAGAGUCAUGUCUCCGCUGGGCAGCAACGUUAUCCUCCGUUGUGACGCCACCGGCUACCCGACCCCGACUUUGACCUGGGUCAAAACUUCAACCUACGUCGGUUGCUGUCAACAGGACAUCGUUGGGAACAAUGAAGAGCUGCCCAGGAAUCUGAAAAGUUGCAUGCAAGGAUCUCCGCGAGUUGGAGUCCGCUGGUCAAUAAUCAGCUUGGAUGCCUUGUCGUACCAGGAUGCGGGUGAAUAUCGUUGCCAAGCUCGGAACAUGGCAGGAAUAGCUGAAGCUCCCAUUAGGCUAAAGGUGGUGGGAGUCACGCGGCUCCCCCGACUGCAGAAGAAGAAGUCCCAGAAGACUCCACCAAAGAAGAAGUCCCAGAAGACUCCACCAAAGUCAUCGUCCAGGAACCGCAAGCUUAACAGGACGCCGAAUGCCUCUCCCACUCUUUUACUGAAGGACAACCAGGUACCACAAAUCGUUAGGUUACCUUCUCAAAGAAACAACACAAAGCCAACUCCCGUUUUUGUUGACAAACUUCUCAAUGUAAACUUCAAGGGUCUAAAGAAAGUCAUGAACAACACCACACUGGAGCUAUCAGACAACACAACCAUUCCUACAUCCAACAUGAACGUAUGACACGUCUGUGUAGGUCCUCAGUCAUCCAGGUCAUGGUCAUACCGCAAAGGUUGAAUCAGGGCGACUGGACUUCCAGACUUCAAAUCUUGAAAAGAAGGAAUCUGUCCAUGUCGAGUUUGAAAUGUGGUUUUCAAACAAAAGCCGAGGAUCGCACCCAGGCUGUGACGCUACGUGUACGGCGCUACCUCAACUUCUGAGCAAAAUGCGCAAAGCCUGAGCACGUAAUUCAAAACAUUCCCAUCUCAAAUCAGCACCGCCGACUAAAAUGUACUUUAAUGUCAUCUGUGGUUGGCCAUCCCAAAACACCACCAUUUGAACAUGUAUCGUGUCACUUUUGCACUUGUUAUCAGUUGAGCACGCAUUCUUUGGAGGUCGCCCGCAAAACACCCACUAAUAGUACACGCAAUUUUUGUUGAGCACUUGUUAUCUGUAUCUUAGAUCAGGCCCUGUCGGUCCGCAAAUUAACCAAACUCUGACCUUUAUGCAGAGGUACGCAUGUAACGGUGAGGACGCCGUAAUGUUACCCCCC